AUGCUCAAAAACUAUGUAACUGCUCCUAUUUUCUAUGCAAAUGCAGGUGAGAAAAAUUCAAAAUUUUGGCUAAUUUGAAAAAAAAUUUCAGAACCACACAUUGGGCAUGCUUACACCGCUAUUUUAUGUGACGCGGCCCAUAGAUGGAAUUUGUUGAGGAACCCAAAGAAAUCCGCGAUUUUUUCCAUAGGAACUGAUGAACAUGGAAGUAAGGUAAUUCAAAGUGUUUAGCAAAAUAUAUAUUCGAGAAUUUUCUAGAUUUUCCGAGCCGCGCAAAAUGCGAAAAAGGAUCCGCAGGAGUUUUGUGAUGAAGUAUCCUCAAAAUUUUCAAGAUUAUUUGAAAAGUUGGGAAUAUCAAAUACACAUUUCAUUCGAACAACGAAUUCCGAACACAAAAAAGCUGUUCAAAAAUUCUGGGAAACUUUGGAUAAUAAAGGAUUGAUUUAUAAAAGUAAAUAUUCUGGAUAUUAUAGCAUUGUUGACGAAUGUUUCUUCCCUGAAAAUGAAGUUGAACAAAAAGGAGAAUCCAAGGUCGUCAAAAACACAUCAACAAUAGUUGAAUGGAUCGAAGAGGAAAAUUAUAUGUUCAAAUUAUCCCAAUUCCGUGAUCCGGUCAGAGAAUGGAUCAAUAAAACCGCACCAAUUUUCCCAAGAAAAUACGAAAAUCUUGCGUUAGACAGUUUGGAAAUGUCUGAAGAUCUCUCGAUUUCUCGCUCAAAAAAUCGAUUGAGUUGGGGAAUUCCGGUGCCAAAUGAUGAGAGUCAGACAAUUUAUGUUUGGCUGGAUGCAUUGGUGAAUUAUUUGACUGUGGCUGGAUAUCCGAAUGAUAAAUGGGAAGAGAAUUGGAGUCCGAGUUGUCAAGUUAUUGGAAAAGAUAUUGUCAAGUAAGUUUUUUUUAGAAAUGAUAAUAAAAAUGAGCAGAAGACGUCACGUCAUCAUAAAAAAGGUCACGUCAAAAAUAGAUUUUUCUGUCAUUUUUUGCUAUUUCAGAUUUCAUUGCUUCUAUUGGCCAGCUUUCCUUUUGGCUGCAAACAUUCCCCUUCCUUCUCGAUUCUUCGUCCACGGUCAUUGGCUAGUUGACAAUGUGAAAAUGUCAAAAAGUCUUGGAAAUGUUAUCGAUCCGAAUUGGGCUUGUCAAAAAUACACAUCCGAAGGACUUCGCUAUUUUUUGCUCAAAAAUGGCAAUCCAAAUGAUGACUCAAGUUUUAACACGACGAGUUGUCUGGAAACAAUCAAUAGUGAUAUAGUGAAUAAUAUUGGAAAUUUGUUGAAUCGAAGUACGGUGGAUAAAAUGAAUCCUGGUGGAAAAUAUCCGAGGAUUACUGUAGAUGAAAUGGAUGUUAAUGUUAGAAAAAGUUAUGAAGGUUUGAUUGCAAUGUUGGAUGAAGUUACAGGUAAUUUCCGGUUGGAAAAUGGAAUUUUUUAUCUUUUUUUUUGUCUAGGAAAAGUGAUUGAAUAUUAUGAUGAGAUGUUGUAUUAUAAGGCAAUUGAAUUGUUAAUGGGAUGUAUGAAAGAGUCAAAUCGGGUAUUUCAAUUGAAUCAACCAUGGAAACAAAAAGACGAACAUGUGGUAAGAAAAUUUAAAUCGUUUUUUUAAAGAAAAUUUGAAUUUUUGCAGCUGGCGAGUAUUUAUUUACCAACUUAUGAGAGUCUUCGAAUCAUUUCAAUUCUUCUUCAACCAAUUAUCCCAAAAUUCGCGGAAUUCUCGCUGAAUCGGUGGGUUUUACUAGAAAAGGUAUUUUUAUGAUCUAACUCGCCAUGAAAUUGCAGAAAUCAGCUCAUGUACGAGUUAGAUACGCAGGUGGUACGGUACUGUCUAAAUCAGCCCAUAACACGUAUUUUGUUGCUGAACAAAAAAUCUCGGUUCGCUGUUUAAAGGGACAUGCUUUAAUUUUCCACCAAAAUCUCAAGAACGGCUGCACCAAAUGAAAAUCUGAGUACACCAUCUUUAUCGCCGUGAAAAACUGCAUGGAAAUAAGCUUUGGUGGAGCGAACGGGUGCCGUUUUAGCGUUUCGGGGUUCGUGGCGAGACCAAUUUCGAAAAAUAGCGCGCAAAAUGGAGAGACGCGAGACAUUUUUGUGCAUUUGUGCGUCACUGUGUUUGCACAAGUCAAUACAGUAUACCAACCGCGAACCGAGGGCCAAAAAAAAUACGUGAUAAAUUUCAUAUUUUCAGACUUGGAGUUGCUGAAAAUGAACGAUCUUUGGAGCAUGCGAAAUUUGGAAAAUGUUCAAAUUCGAAUCUUGGACCAAACAACGGAAUUUUCAUUGAGAGAUUGCAGAAAUAG